GCUUGCUGCAGCCCUAGAUGGGAGGCUAUAACCUCGUCUUCUUCACCCUCGCCAGAUUUAUGGGCAAUAAAAAUCCUCAGACCCGGAAUCUCGGCGAUCGCUUUCUUCUCAUUCUGUUCUCUCAAUCUCUAUCUUUCAGCGCUCAUCUCUUCCUAUCUCUCUCUCCGUCCGUUGGUUCAUAGCUUGAAUCGAUAAUGAAGUUGUUGCUGUUGUUGUUGAUGAUGAUGGUUAACUUUGCUUCUUACAAAACAUUUCCAGCAAUGGCAUCGUACUGACGACCGGACGUCAGAUCUCAUAUCUGGGAAGGAAUAUCAAGGCGCUAAGAAGUUUAAAAUCUCCACUGGGUUUCUCCCUGAUUGUGAUCCCAGAAUGAUCGCUACGGGUUACUUUGCAAAAGAAUGCAGCUGCAAGAGUUGCAGCCAUGCACGAUAAAUCAGGGAACUGUGCUAAAAUUUGAAGUUUAUCUAUCAAAAAAAGAUAAAUCAGGGAACUGUGGCUAGAGAAAAAAGCCUUUUAAGGAAGCGCAAGGAGAUUGCAGCAAGAUGCUAAUGGCUGCAAUCACCGGCAAUAGCAAGCACUGAAGUAAGCAAUUGCAAGUCACCAUAAUCAUGAGCCCCCACCGGAAAAUGUACCCAAUGGAUGUGCUAAGAAGAUAAAAUUCAUUGUCAAUUGCAAAGUUGCAAGGAUUCUUCUAUUCAUAACCGAAGUGCAGGAAAAAAAAGUAAGUGAUGAUGGAGGUGGACAAGAUGCCAAUGUUAUCAAGGAAAGAACAUGUUCUCCAACAUAAGGUUAUGGGGCCUGGAUAGCUUGGGUCUUCUCCGUGUGUUUUUUGUAAAGUGGGCUCAUAAAUGGUACAAAAAGAAUAUUACUUAUAAGAAGAGAAGAGGAAGAAAAAUUAAAGAAACCAGAGACAAUGGAGGCUCUUCAUUGUCCUUUGAAGAUAGAGAGACCUUUUUUCCCCUCAUUUUCCUCAGGGGUUAGAGAAACUACUUGUAAGGAUUUUACUUGGGAGUUGAAGAAGUUUCUGCAAGUGCUACCAGGUAAAGGGCUGCAAGGGGUCCUUGGAGAUCAUUGCAUAUUCAUAACAAAACAAGGAUGUUUCUUUUCUUCUUCGCAACAUUGCUUAUUUUUUAAUGGAUACCAAGAAACAAACAUCAUUGCUGAUGAGUAGGCUAGAUUGGGUUGCAAGAUUAAGGAUGCAUAGCAAGCCAUCCUCACCUGUGUAUUGUUGAAAUAACUGAGCUUUGUUAGGACUUCAUAGCAGGCUCUCUUUAUAUGCAAACCUUGUUGUAACAUUGCCAUCUGGAAAUUGAAAGGGGAAGAUCAACAGAAAGCAUGGGAGUUAAUUUAAUGAGGAGAUAUAAUGGCUGUGAGUUUAUCCACUGGUGGUCCAAACAACCUUAAUGCCAAGCAUGAAAAUUGCUAAGGAUGCAUGCAUGUCCAAUUCUAGAAUUCAUCUUCUAAGUAUUUCCAAGGAAAGCAUGGACCAAAUCCGGGCUAUAAUGGUGCGGCAUGAAGCAUUAUUCAAAGAACAGGUCCAGGCACUGCACCAGCUCUAUGAAAUCCAGAAAUCAGCAAUGCAAGAAUUAAGGAAGAGGAUCUAUUCCCAGGCACAAUCAUUGACAUUUAGUUCUGAAACUGUCGCAAUUAGGGAAGCUCAAUUUCAUGGUUCAACUGCAGAAGGAAAACCUUCUAGGAUAUCUUCUGUUUCUGCUCAAUCGUAUGAAGAAGCAUCACAUGUUCGGCCCAUGCAUCCUGUUACAGUGAAAGAAUUUAUAGGUUCUGGUUCAAAAACAUCAUUAUGGAUGAAUAAUACUGAAAAUAUAUUUUCCAAUACUGAGAACAAACCAAGGAGAGUAAUUGACCUUGAAAGACCCCCAGAAGAGUAUCUGGAUGAGUCUGAUCUUCAAGUUGAAGUAAAUAAUUCUGAAAUAGUAAAUGCUACCACCAGCUUGUCUGAAGGAACGUCAAAAACAGCCCAGGUUUCAGUAGUGGCAAACAACCCACUUGUUCUUCAAGUGAACUCUCCAAUUUUGAUAUCUGGAGAUCCAAAACUAGCUCUUGGAAUGUUCUCAGAAACAAGAUCAGAGAGUCGUCAAGCCUGUAAUGAAGCUUUAGAGAGAAAAACUUAUGGAGUCAAUAUUAAUGAAUGCACAACAGGCUUUCAGCCUCUAGAAAAAUCUUCAGAGAACAACAUAAUUCAUGAUAUUCCAUGGAAUCACCAUAUUGGAGUUGGGAAUUCUGCUGUCACUGAGGACGCAAAGCUUUCACAUAACCAAUAUGCUGAAAAACCUUUAUCACUGCAUCAGAGGUUAACUCCAGAUCACAGUUCAGGGUCUGCCGAAUGCGAAGAACAAUACAAGGGAACAUCUGAGCAAGCUAGUGGAAGUAAUCCAGAUUCAGUCCAGCAAUAUCAAUUUCUAGAAAGUAACAGAGUGAUCAUAAUGACCAAUUUAAAAUUGCAUGAACAGCACAGAGGUUCAAAUGAUGAAGGUUCACUUUCAACAGAUCCUGUCAUUUCCCCUCAAGGAUAUCAUACUCUUAAACCCAUGCUGUGUGACUCAAUUAAACUUGGCAAUUGCAUCCAAGGGAACUCUCCUUCAGGAUUAAACUCAAUUUCAAGAAAACAGAACUCAUAUUCUUCAGCUUUGAGCUCCCAGACAAAUGAAGAGGGUGGGCAUGAGAACCCAAACUACUCAGGUCAUGGAAGUAGUAGCAUAGAGUCCCAAGGUGAAGAUUUUUGUAGAGAAAUUGAUCAUAACAUUUCCACAAUCACGGGAAGCCCUAUACAUGGUUCUUAUUGUGGUGAGCCAGUUCAAGUAAGCCAAGUUACUGCAGAGGGAAUUCAAUCAGAAUUUGAAGGAGAACCUCAUCUCAUCAAAGAUAGCUCUCUUUCUUCUUCUGUUCCAGAUACUGAAAUCAAGCAGAAUAAUCAAAGUGACUGUCCAAAUAGAAGCUCUGAAGUUCCAGAAAGCCAGGAGGAACCUGCUGUCGUUAGAGAAAGCAAUGAGCACCCCCAUAAUGAAUCAAAUGUGGAAGAAACACGUGAAAGCAUUGCAGCAAAGAUAUUGCUUAGCUUUGCACCCUGCAAAUCUUGGGCUGAUACCAAAUCUAAGGGUAUUAACACCCUAAUAGAAGAGUCAAGCAGAUCAAGUGAAGAUUGUAUGAGCAGUGACAAGACACGGAAUCUACAUGAAAAAAGAUGCAUUAGCUACAGAAAUGGAGGUGUUGUAUAUGAAACAACGAGAUGGACAAAAUCACCCCAUGGAAGGAGGACCUUGAGAAGACCCCGAUAACCACCCAAUAGAGUCUGCUCGUCGUGUAUAGUUCAGUCUUAUUUUUAGUUUAACCUUCAUUAGAAGGGUGUAAGGUAACAACCAUAUAGAGUGAAGAGUAGUCCAUUCUCUCUACAAUAACCACCAUUUGAUCAUGAAGUCAGCCUUUUGUACAGGGAACUCCUUUAUAUUUGAAGUUUAAUGGUGAGGAACACGUAGUGGAGGAUUAUGCUGAGACAACGGAAUGUUGUCCAGAUCUUGUUUCUACCUCUUCUACGAGGUCAGAAGACUUGGGACCAGAUACCAAGCCAAUGAUGUAAAUUCAGAGAAUUCGUGAUUAUAAAAGCUGUUACUGUAGAGUAUCUGCUGCAGAAGUUCGUUUCUUGUUGCUAAUCCAUGGUCUUACCCUGACAACAGUUAUCCUGAUAUUUUUUGAAA